UGCUAAGUGCGUCAGUUGUGCAGAGACGUAGACGAGUUAAAUCCUGGUCUGUGGGAGGUAGACGACUCCGUCGCAGAUUACGGCCCCCUCUGGGUCUCAGCCGCCAAAGAUCCUGUCCGGUAGGAAAUACUAGCCGGACAUCAUGAGUGGCUGUCGAGUAUUCAUCGGGAGGCUAAAUCCAGCGGCCAGGGAGAAAGACGUGGAAAGAUUCUUUAAGGGAUAUGGACGAAUAAGAGACAUUGAUCUGAAAAGAGGCUUUGGUUUUGUGGAAUUUGAGGAUCCGAGGGAUGCAGAUGAUGCUGUAUAUGAACUUGAUGGAAAAGAACUCUGCAGUGAAAGGGUUACUAUUGAACAUGCUAGGGCUCGGUCUCGAGGUGGAAGAGGUAGAGGACGCUACUCUGAUCGUUUUAGCAGUCGCAGACCUAGAAAUGAUAGACGAAAUGCUCCACCUGUAAGAACAGAAAAUCGACUUAUAGUUGAGAAUUUAUCCUCAAGAGUCAGCUGGCAGGAUCUCAAAGAUUUCAUGAGACAAGCUGGGGAAGUAACCUUUGCGGAUGCACAUCGACCUAAAUUAAAUGAAGGGGUGGUUGAGUUUGCCUCUUAUGGUGACUUAAAGAAUGCUAUUGAAAAACUUUCUGGAAAGGAAAUUAAUGGGAGAAAAAUCAAAUUAAUUGAAGGCAGCAAAAGACACAGUAGGUCAAGAAGCAGGUCUCGAUCCCGUACCAGGAGUUCCUCUAGGUCUCGGAGCCGAUCUCGUUCCCGUAGUCGCAAGUCUUACAGCCGGUCAAGGAGCAGGAGCCGUAGCCGGAGCAAGUCUCGUUCUGUUAGUAGGUCUCCUGUGCCUGAGAAGAGCCAGAAACGUGGUUCUUCAAGUAGAUCUAAGUCUCCAGCAUCUGUGGAUCGUCAGAGGUCCCGGUCCCGAUCAAGGUCCAGAUCAGUUGACAGUGGCAAUUAAACUGUAAAUAACUUGCCCUGGGGGCCUUUUUAAAAAAAAAAAAAAAAAAAAAAAACAACAACAAAACAAAAAUUCCCAAACCAUACUUGCUAAAAAUUCUGGGUCAAGGGUGUCUUCCACUCACCCUUCAACAGCUGCAGGACAGACCCAUUAAAACAGCUGUUAUUGAUAAUAAAAUAUUACAAAACUG